UCCUUUCUGACUCUUUCUAAUUUCCUUUCACAACAAGAGAAGUACGCAUGACUAAGGAUCUUAGUCAUAUGAUUACUUUCAUUUUGAAAAAUAUUAUUUAAAAGUCUAUUUUUCUUUAUAAAAGCAAUAAGACCAUAGCUUGAAACUGUGUUGUAAAAACGACAACAUUUUUGCUUUAAAGUGAAAACUUUGAAGAGAAGUUAUGGAAGAUAUGGUGAAAAACAUCGCCUCAUCUGCCCUUCAGAAAGGGGUGCCAGGAACUGAUUCAAAAAAGCAAGGUGUUAACAAGUAUAAGGUGUCAACUAUUGGAUUACUUGUAAUUAUUUUCUUAAGUAUAUGUGUUAUAGCAAGCCAAUGGCCUAGAUCUACUCAGUAUUGUUGCCCAGAUGGUUGGAUUGGUUUUCAAAAGAAUUGCUAUUAUUUCUCUGAACAAGAAAUGGAUUGGAAUUCAAGUAGAAAGCAGUGUUUUACUCAACAUGCUGACCUAACUGUGAUUGACACUAGAGAAGAAAUGGAUUUUCUAAGACAGCACAAAAGUAUUUAUGAUCUCUGGAUUGGGUUGGAGAUGACCGAAAAUCAAAAAGGAAAAUGGAUAAAUGGAGGAAUGUUUAACAAAUGGUUUGAUGUGAGAGGAAAUGAAAAAUGUGCUUACCUCAGUGAUGAUGGUGUAGCAACAGCUAGAUGCUACACAAUAAGAAAAUGGAUUUGCAGGAAAAAAAAAGUACUACAGAAAAACAUUUCUGAUUAUGGCUUAUAACCAUAGCUGUGGAGGAAAGAGAAGCUUCUAAGGUCUGCAUUCCCACCACUUUGGAAAACAAUAUGGAGUUUCCUUUGACCUAGUGAUCCCACUUCUGGGAAUAUAUCUGAAGAAACCAGAGGCAACAGUUUGAAAGAAUGCAUGCACCCCUGUAUUUAUUGAAGCGUUAUUUUUUAUUAUGUUUUUACUGAUUGCAGAGAGAGGAAGGAAAAGGGAGAGAGAGAUAGAAACAUCAAUGAUGAGAGAGAAUCACUGAUCAACUGCCUCCUGCACGCCCUCUAUUAGGGAUCGAGCCCACAACCUGGGCAUGUGCCCUGACCAAGAAUUGAACACUGAUCCCCUGGUUCAUGGGUCAAUGCUCAGCCACAGAGCCACACUGGCUGGGUAAGAACUCCCUUUAUUAUUAUUAUUUUAAAAUAUUUAUUGUUUUUCAUUUUGGAGGGUGUUUUUUUUUUAAAUAUAUUUUUUUAUUGAUUUCAGAAAGGAAGGGGCAAGGAGAGAUAGAAACAUCAAUAAAGAGAGAGAAUCAUUGAUUGGCUGCCUCCUGCAUGCCCCAUACUGAGGAUCAAGCCUAUGACCUGGGCAUGUGCCCUGACUGGGAAUCGAACCGUGAGUGACUUUCUGUUCAUAGGUCGAUGCUCAACCACUGAGCCACACUCAUGGGCAAGACUCCUUUAUUAUUUAUUUUUUAAAAUAUUUAUUGUUGAAAGUUUACAUAUGUCCCCUUUUGCCCCCCAUUGACCUCUUCUAGCCCACCCUUGCCCCUCACCCCAAGCCUUCACCAUCCUACUGUAUCCUACUGAGUUAUGCAUGUAUGCAUACAUGUUCACUGGUGGAUCUCUUCCCAUCCACCCACCCUCUCCUGCCUUCCCUCUGAGAUUAGCAAUCUGUUCCAUGCUUCUAUGUCUCUGGAUCUAUUUUUGUUCAUCAAUUUAUUUUGUUCAUUAGAGUCCACGUAUGAACUCCAUUUUAUAUUGUUAAUAAUGCAGACC